UCAAUGCGGCUUGUGUUAAAGUAAGACACAUCUCUCGCCGUACUGCCACUGCAAUGUGUUGAAAGCAAAAAGCGGUCGGAAAUCCGAUUUUGCCAGUCUUGGAUGUCCGUCCACGACCCAAAACAAGAAAAAUUCGCAAACCGCCACAACGAAGUUGCGAUGCGCUGCAAUUGAGAAUUGAGGUAUUCAUACAGCAUAUCAUAUCACCAGCAAAGCCACUAACUGUGCCGUCGCAUCCACUCAUUGUGCUAACCGACAAACCCAUACGACAUAGAACUGGAAAAUGGCUUUUCUGUGCCGAAACCAAUUGAGAACAUUCAUCUGUUACAAACACCGCGUGUUUUUUGCGUAGCGUGCAAAACAACGCUGUCAUCUGUCGAUAACUUUAUCGGCUGCCUUGUUUGUGCCCCUGUUAUCGCGCAAGGACCACGAGAGCGCCUGCCGCUCGCUCGCCGAAAACCUUUCGCCAGUGGGUGGGUGGUGUGAAAAAAGUGCGUGCGGAAUUGUUUAUAGGCUAAGAAAAAGGGCAUUAGCAGCGCCCUGCACUAGCUACAUAUAAUCGGCUAAUUUGGCUCGAGUUGAACACCUACGGCUCGCCUGGCGGCUGCAUACACAAUGUGGCAGGACAUGCCGUGCCGUAUGCUUAUGUAGAAGGCUGUGCUUCCCCCUUUCAUCGCGAAAGCUAUCAGCUAUCAGGCACAUUCCGACCCGAAUGCUGGGACUGACUGCUAGAUAGGUACAGGUACUGCCCAUGAUCUCAGGUCUUCCCUCCCGCGACACAAGUUAGCCCAACGGACGACUUCGGUGAUAGAGAGCAAUAGGGCAAUGGCAAACAACAACCACCCGCACGGCCACCUCAGCCAGGCAGCCCAGAACCCAUCCUGGAACCCGUUGCAAAUACCAUCGUACAUUCCACGGCAGCCGCAGCUGGCGCACAUGUCGAACGAACGGCCCAUGGUGCGCUCGCCCCUGGCCUGGCAUGCCUCCGUGUCCGCCCAGCCACCGCCGCCGCCAGAUGCCCUUUACAAUUUUAUGUCGGCCAAUCAUAAAAACCUGGAUCACCAUCAUCAAAUGAAUCCUUUGUUGGCGCCGCCAUACUCUGGAACCUUGCCAUUCGACUCCAUGGACCUCUCCUUGCAGUCCGCACGCAGCGCGGCCCAGCCGCUGGCCAAGCAGCCCCAGCAAUCCCAACAGCAGCCGCAGCAGCAGCAGCAAUCGCUCAUGCAUGCCCCCAACUAUCCAACGAUCAGCCAAAACCUAGCGACAAAUGCAGCGCCAACCAGCGCACAGCUGCAACAACAGCAAGGCCACCUGGCAGCCAUGGCGGCGGCUCAUGCAAUGCUGCAGUCGGGCAACCAGAAUGCAGCAUCUUCCUUGGUCCUCUCCAAUGGCAGCGACUGUGAAUCGCUGUUACCGCGGCCGCCACCCACGGCUAACCUUCCACCCGGAAGCAGCAGCAACCAUACCGGCAGUAACAACAACAUCCCCAGCCCGCAAUACCUGCAGAAUCGCGACGAGAACUUUAAACUGUCUCAGCUGAAGCGUAGCUUCGAGCAGGAGGUGCUAUCUUCGAAGAACUUGCAGAAGGACAAGCUGUCCCCGCACAAUCUCCAGCAUCAGCAACAGCAUGCGAAUAAAAAGCCCUCACCCUUGCGCAACUAUCAUCAGCAACAGCAGCAGCAGCAGCCUCCGUAUAACUUAACCCCAAAAUACAAUGGUCCCCAAACGCCGCCAACUCCGCAGUCGCCAUUGGCCGGACCUCCGCACCAGAUGCACUCUCCCACAAUGGACUACAAUCAGCUACAUCUGCACCACCAGCUGAAUAGUGGAGUAGGAGGCAGCCACGGUGGAGGCGGCUACCAACACAUGCAGCAGGACCAGCCCCAGCCGCAACACUUGCACUAUCAUAAUCAGCAUGUGGGCAAUCAGCCUGUUUCGGCCGCUUCACCCCUCCAUCCGCCUCCGCCCCAUUUAGUUAGCUCUCAGUUCCACGCACAACAACAGAGUACAGGCCAGCAGCAGCAGCAAGCACCAUCAACGCCCCAACAGACGACACAUCAUUCCCGCAGCUCGCAACUGACGAAUCUCGAGUCGAUGGCCAAGCAGAAGACGCAGCCGGAGACGGAGAAUCAGACUGUAAUCACGGAUCUAUCCUAUCGAAAUGCGACGCCUUCAUUGCCACCCGCUCCGGCGGUAGAGGUGGAGAAACCACCAGUAACAGAUGCCCCCGAAUCACCCUACCUGACCACCUCCAACGAGGAGUCGCUGGAGUCGAAUAGCAACAGCAGUAACAGCCGCAAACGUCGCAAGCGGAAAUCCAGCCUUGUCAUGCGGGUUACGCCCAAUGAGAAUGCAACCGAGGGAGGAGGAGGCGCCAGUGCCAGCUCCACCACCAUGCACCAGCAGCCAGGAAACACACCCAGCAUAAACAGUAACAUCUGCAGUCCAAAGCAUUCGCCAAAAAUCGCGGGCUCCGACUUCCAACCCUUUGGCAUGCAGUCCGAGUCGCAGAAUGACAAGACGCCGCAGGAGAACGGACGGGGAUCCUCGCCAUCGCCAACGGAGAACAGCAACAGUUCCACGCUCUACAACGACGAAAAUCCCAAGACGAAGAAGCAGCGGCAGGCCCUGCUCCAAAGAAAUCUGACCGAGCAGCAGCGUAUACACCACGAGGAUGAACCCGAUAAGCCAGUGAAGCACACUCCCCCGACCAUGCCACCCCCGAGUCCGCAAAGCAAUAGCAGCAGCAGCAGUUCGAGCAGCUCCAGCGGCAACACGCACAGCAGCCAUAGUAGUCAUGCUACUGGCAACGAUACCCGGCUGCCGGAGAAGCCGGAGAACGAUGAAACCAAUGCCACUACGGACACGCCCGCGUCGCCGGCUCUCGUGGAGCAGGGAAACAUUGAUGCUAGGCCGGCGGUGAGUGUGCACGAGUGCGAUGAAGAGGAGGAGCCAGUAGGCGGUGGCGGUACCACCAAGGAGCCAGAAUCACCACCUCAACCAGCACCGGCGCCUUCCUUACCCCAGGUGCCAGAAACAGCCGGAACAGCAGCACCUCCAGCUCAAGAAACACCACCUGCGGUCAACUCUGAACACUCUACGUUUGGAGAGGUAGAGGAUAAGCUGGAGGAGAUGUUUGCUGGCAUCGAGGAGGAGCCGGAACAGAAUGGCCCACCGGAAAAGCCUGCCCAGCCAGCCGGAGACGCAGUAGCGCACGACUUGAGCGCUCAGCUGGCUCUGGACAGUGCCAAAGAUGAGGAUAAGCCUGCGGGAACGAGGACAGCAUUGUCAGCUUCACCUGCAACAAAUCUUUCAGUCCCCAUGCCCGAGGUGCGACCCGUAGCCACCAAGGCAGCGAAGAAGUCGACCCUUCCCAGUCCUGUGCACAGCCCCACGCCAGAAACUCGCUCCACAUCCACGCCUUUGACUGGCACCGAGGACAUCAAGUCUCCUAGCAUCCAAACCUCUUCGAAUGACGCGAAUUCGCGCCGGCUGCCUCCCCGAAGGCUCUCUAUAGGCAUGGAUGCCUCCCUGCUGCGCUUCGUAAUCGAUGAGCACUCAGACAAGGCCAAGAAAGCCGUGGGGCGUGGCAGAAAGCGGGCAGCAGCCGAACCAGAGCUCGACAGCGAGGAUGAUGACAAGCCCAGUACCUCGGCGGCAGCAGCAGCGGCGUUGGCAGUGCGCCAGCAGAACGAGGUGGCUGCCGCCAAAGCAGCGAUCGCCAAGCCCACAGCGAGUAAGAAAAAGAACGCGGGCGGUAAGGGCAAAAAAGGGGCAGCGGGGAAGAGUAAGGCCAAGCAGAAUGGAAAGAAGUCGGCCGCCGGAGGUCGCAAGCCGCCGACCACCGACGAAGACAGCACUCCGGCGCCUACGAAUGGAGGAGGAGGCGUUGAUCUACGUUUCAAGUCGCCCUUCAUACUGAUCAAGCCGGACGGCAGUGUGAGCAUCAAGAACACCCACAGCGCCGAGGACGUCAACGAGAAGCAGACCAAGGCCAAGAAGGCGCCCCACGAGAGAAAGAGUCUCCGCGGAAUGCACAGCUCCACACUGAGUAACCGCUACGAUGCGGACACCACCGACUCAACCUGGAUCUGUGUGUUCUGCAAGCGAGGACCGCAUAAGAUGGGCCUGGGCGACCUUUUCGGACCCUAUCUGGUGUCCAUCGACUGCGAAGAGUACCGGGCGGCUCUGCAGGCGCCUGGAAGCCAGGACUUCGAUGGAGUCUUCGUCAGCAAGCGCAGACGAGAGGACAUGGUCCAGCACCGACGUAACCUGCCCGUAGUGCCUGCCACACUGGCACACAUCAUGCAGGCACCGAAGAUCAGCAUGCACAAGCGGAAGCGCAAGCAGAUCCACGACAGCAUGUACGCCUACAGCGAUGAUCCGAACGAGUCGCUCUCGCAGUCCUCCCAGGAUCCUCUCGACUGCUCAACUGAGAACAGGUUCGUGGAGACGUUUCGCGGCAUGUGCAAGACCUCGGACCACGGUUACGAGGUCUGGCUGCAUGAGGACUGCGCCGUCUGGACAAACGACAUCCAGCUGAUCGGCGCCCAUGUAAACGGACUGGAUGCCGCUGUGUGGGAUAGCACGCGAUACCAGUGCGCAGUCUGUUUCCAAACGGGGGCCAGUGUGUGCUGCUUCCAGCGGUGCUGCAAGGCUACUGCCCAUGUGCCCUGUGCGCGCUCGACCAACUGGACUCUGGACGAGCAGGAACGUAAAGUAUUCUGCCAGAUGCAUGGGCAGUUGGAGUCACAGACACACUUACAGCCGCCGGAAGUCUUCAAAGCUGAGCCUGUGGCAGCAGCUCCGCCAGCCGUUGCACCACCACCCAAGUUUGAUGUCAGUUCGCUUCCCUGAGUACGAGUUCGCGUCCGGGACUGUCUCCUGAUCGCCAAGCGUUAAGCGUUGAGCGCAGCCUCUUCCUCUGGCUCUCCCCGAAGCCGCUGCCCCUUGUCCACCGCACCCUAUACUUAGGCUUUGUAAAUAAGUUUCCCGGCCCGGGGGCGCUUCAUAAUAGCGUAAGAAGUGUUUUGUACAAACCCGCUGUACAUUUUACAGGCUUUGACGCACAGCACAGGAGAUAUCACAGCGUCUCUAUGCUCUAGUUAGAUUCCUUUCACAAAUCCUUAGUUGUCCAUACUUAAAUUAUUCUUUCGAUGUGCACAGACGCGCCCUAGCACUGUGCCCUUUACAUUAGUACCUUUUAGUUUAAAUUAAUUUAAUGCUCCUCCCACAGCAUCACGUAUGCCAAUUGAUAAUUUGAUUCAGUUGAGUGUCAUGUACAUCAACGAAUACUCCCUGCCAUACUCCAUCCGACAGCCAACUGAAUAGACCAGGACGAAUCACAAUAGCGCCGAAAAUGCGAAAAGCCAAUUGAUACAUAUGUGUGCAAUGUGCACAGCAUUCACUGGAGUUGAGGUUGCAGCAAUGUAGGGUAUAAACAGAGAAGAGAGAACAUUCGAAGCCCUUUUCAAAAUGGAAAACAAUUGUAAAACAAUAUAAGUAUAAAGUAUAAAUAAUAAAUAAUAUUAAUAAUUAUACUAAUGGUAAGGUAUUCGUAUAAAUAGGACCUUGUACGUAUAUUGAUGAUAAUUUUAAAUUCUAAACAUAUAAACAAUAAAAACUUA